GAAGGGACGGGAAUGAUCAGCUCUGUGUCCUGCCUGCAAACAUGGCUGUCAUUUCUCGUAAUAGAUCAUACACAGAAGAGAGGUGUGUCCUGUUCAUGGAGAUGGAACCCCUCGUGGGCAGACCGAUAUUUCUUCCGCUCCAAAAGGUGUCAGUGUGAGAACUCCAGUUCUGAAAUGAGAAAAAGCAGACUCAAGGCACGGCAGGCAGACCGGUAAGAAUUUAUACACUUCAACAGAGAAGGAUGAAGGCCCAGGAACCUGCCUCCCAGCCCAGCACUUCCUGAGACCUGAGUUCAAGUGUCUGUGAUCUCUCCAAGUGUAGAAAUAAACCACCUGAUUGUGGCUACAGCUGUCACAGCCAUGAAAAGCAGCUUCUCUGUGAGUUUCGGGUCUUGAAACAAGAAAAACACUCUGAAGCACUCUCUAGGGAAGGAACUGUGUUUCCUUGAAGAUCAAUAGAAGUGUGCACACAUGUGCAAACACUUGAAAAUAUGACUGAGGAGCUCUUUGGGUGUGCACAAAGUCAAGUGCUCGCCAUGAAGAAGAAAAUGCAAUCACCAGAAUGAGGUCUCCUGGCUUAUUUAAAUGUGUCAUAUAUGCAGGUUUUAGGCACAUGGUCUCUGGAGCAUGUCCUUAUCUGUCCUAUGACAGCUGUCUUUGGCCCUAGCCUCAAAAGGAACUGAAACUCUGAAGAAUUACUUUUAAUAACAGAUAAAGUUUAGAUGUGUUUUUAAAGCCCUCAACGUUGGGACACAAGCAGUCGUGAGUGCUCAGAGACAAAAGAGACAGAAUGACUUGACUCUGCUGAGAGAAAGACUUGGCCAGUGUCCUUCUAAGAGACAGAGAAGAGGAGGCCCGCCCUCGGGAAGGUCAGAUUUGCUUCCGUGGAUCCAGCCUAGGUGCAGGAGCUGCUGGUUGGUUGGAGAGGUGGUGUUCGGCACUGGUGAAAGAAAGAGUUGACGUGGACUUUUGGGAGCUGUUGGACCCCGACACUGAAUUUGUAUUGAUAAACAGUCACAGGAGCCUGAUUUGGACUGUUUAAAAUUCCCCCAUUGAGAGUUUUGUUCUAGCCGUAUCAACGAGGACCCGACCAUGGAGCAGGGCGGGGAGGCCUGCUGUUCUCCUGAGGAGACCUUCACUGCUGACUAUAAGAUGAUGACGACCCUGGGCCAAGGACAGUUUUCAGAGGUCAAACUGGCCUUUCAUAUCCCCACUGUAUCCUGUGUGGCGGUAAAAAUUCUUAGAAAUCAGAAGAAUUAUGCUUUGCUUAUCAACAGUGAAAUCAGCAUCAUGAAAUCCCUUGCCCAUCCCAACAUAAUUAAAAUGUUUCAUGUGGUCCAGACCAGAGAGACCACCUACCUGGUGAUGGAGCAUGCAUCAGAGGGAGACCUGCUCCAUCAUAUACUGAAACUGGGGGCCUUAGAGGAGAGCAAGGUUCGAAGGCUGUUUACCCAGAUAGUGCAUGCCCUGAAGUAUUGCCAUGAUCAAUUUAUCAUCCACAGAGACAUAAAGGCCAAUAACAUCCUCCUCGACCAUAGGGGUAAUGCGAAGCUGUGUGAUUUUGGCCUCUCUGCUAAGGUCAUCCCUGGGCAGAGGCUUUUUGGGUUUUGUGGCACUCUGAAUUACUGUGCUCUAGAACUCUUUGGAAAGGAGACAUACGAUGGCCGUGCUACUGAUAUUUGGAAUUUAGGUGUGCUCCUUUUUUUCAUGGUGACUGGGAGCCUUCCCUUCAAAGCUUACUCUUCUGUGAGGGUGAUACAGCAGAUCCUCACUGCAGACUUCAGGGUGCCUCCGCAUGUUUCCGUUGAUAUUCGUGAUGUCAUCCUCAAACUGCUGAUUAUAAACCCCUACAGGAGGCUCACCAUAGGCGAAAUCAUGAGGCACCCCAUGGUCAGGAGCAGUGAGGCACAUUCACCGCCUACCUCCACCCAGUCUCUCCCAGGCACCCCGAGCAUUGUCAGGGCCAUGACAGUCAUGGGGUAUAAAUCCAAAGAAACCAUUGAGUCUCUAAGAGACCAUAAAUACAACCAGGUGGUGGACAGUUACCUAAUUCUACAGCACCAGUCACCCAAGGGAGACUGCUACCAUCACCAGGAGAAACCAGAGAGAGCCAUGCAGUCAGGCCUUGUCCUCAACCUGGCAGAUCAUGACACUUUCCCUGUGUCCUUAGGGAGAGCUACCCAGCCUGCUCCCCCCACCUUCACCUUGCCAUCUAAGACCAAGGAGAGAGAUGAGAAGAAUGCCAGGCAGGGUGGCACAAGGCACAGCAUGCCUGCCGUCCUGUGCUGUCAGCCAAAGAGGAACCACCCUCCCCACCUACCUCACCUGGGCUGUCCUGUGGCUGAUUCCAUCAUGGGCAGCAACCUGGAAAUCACUGAGUAUUUCACACAGUCCGAGAUCGGGUCAUUCGGCAGCCACAUGGCCAGUGUCCAGCCACCUCUCUUUCUGGACACCUCCUCUCCUAGGCCACACCAGAGUGAGACUCCAGGUGACACAGACAACAACUUGUCCUCCUGCAGUCCACAGGAGGAACUCUGGAGCUCCCAGGAGGCAUCUCAGUAUUUCACCCCCACAGGCUCCUCCCCUUGGGAUACAUUGCAGGAAGAGACCAUGACCCGGGAUGAGGCCAUAACUCAUGAAGCGACCAUGACCCAGGAUGAGGCCAUCACCCAUGAAGCCACCAUGACCCAGGUUGAGACCAUCAUUCAGGAAGAGGCUAUCACUCUGGAUAUGGCCAUCACCCAGGAAGUGGCCAUCACCCAUGGCCAGCCCCAGCUUGCAGGCCCAGCUCCUUCCCGAACCCCGAGGCACCACAGCUGGAAGGGGGUCAAGAAAACAAUUAUGAACUGCCUCAGAAACCUCUGUUGCUGCUGCCUGCCACCUGCAGAGAGAGGCCAUGCUCCUGCAAGAACCUGGCUCCAAAGAAAAGGGAUCAGUGCACCCACAGAACCAGUCCUGAAGAGGUCAAGCCCCAGCUCCAUGGCUUCUGAGCCACGGGUUGGGGACCAGCCUGGCUGAGAGUCGGACAGCCCCACGGGGAGCCAGGCCAGAUGUCCAGGAGGCAGAAUGGACAUAGGUCCCUCCUGCAGAGGAAGAGCUGACCACCCCAGCGCAGAUUUCUCCAGGUAAGCAGGCUUUUGCACAAUCUUUGGGCGAGCUUCCUGGAAGCCUCCCCUGUCCAUCCCACAGUCACAUUGGUAAGGUCUCGUCUUGUGUGUUCUUUCUCCUUAAACGGUGCCAACUUGCCCCAGCACGAGACACAGAAAAGUCUGUGUGACUGAUGUGGACGGUACAUCUGUCUAUGUGCCUCCAUAAUGUGACAUGAAAACAAUGGUCCUGGGAUGAUAAUCAUGCUAUGCUGCCUUCUGUGUCCAACAGCGUGUCUUCAUAGUGUUCCAGCAUGAGGAGAACACAUCUGUCACUUCUCUUCUGUCCUCUGAGCAACAUUGAGCUCCUAGGACAAACAUUUUAAUGUGCUCAAUCUGAGAAGAAAAGAGAGAGAAUCUUAUUCCACUCUGGAAUGACCUAGUCUUUUUACUGAGAGUGUUUUGGAGUGCCACAAACAUGACCUGUAUCUAGAUACUGCUCUUCUUCUGAAGCUGCUCCGAGGGACAGGAUGGAAGGCACCAGCCUCAACCAGCACAUGUCCAGACCUGUAGCUGAUGACACUGUGAGAUGGAGCCUCACCCCCACUGCUUGAAGGUUUAGUCCCCUCACCCCUCGGGAGAUCUCAUACCCCUCACAUUUAGCCAGUUCUUGGGAGUUUGUGCAUUUUUCUUAAGACUAGAUGCUAGAGCUAGGGGGAAGGUGUAUGCUUAUAACCCAGGACUCUGGAGGCUUAGACAGGAGACUAGCCAUAAAUUCAAGGCCAGCCUGUGCUAUAUAAGGAGCAGUAGUCUAGUUUUGGUGAGACUGUGAGAUUCUCUCUCUCUCUCUCUCUCUCUCUCUCUCUCUCUCUCUCUCUCUCUCUCUCCUCUCUCUCUCUCUCAAACACAGAAGUCGAACAACAGGACUAGUUCUCGAUGUGCCUUGCAUGCACACUGGUUCUUGGCCCUGGGUUCUUGUCCAGCAUAAAAUAAAACCAGGUGGAGGAUGCUGGGAAUCCCAGUAUUGGAGGGUGGAGACAAGAGGAUCAGGUGGUCAAGGUCAUCUUCCAACAUGGAGAGUUGGAGGUCAGUCUAGGAGGAAUGGCACUAUUUUAAAAGCAAACAACCCCUACCACAAAUCUUAAUGCCCAAAUCUGAGAAAACAGUGGCAUGGCAGCCCAUUACAACCACAUAUUCUGUGUGAAUCAGAAGACCUUUCUGAUAGAGAGAAGAAAGUCGGCCAUCUAUAUGUGCAGUUUAGUAAUUUUUUUCCCUGUGACUCACAUCUGGAAUUGGACUGAGCAUUGAGUUCAUCCCUGUGCACAGACCUGAAGAGUUCACUGAGUACUUCCUGCUGGCCCUGUGGGAGGCACAGGGGAGCUGUGAACAAAAUACCCUUCAUAGAUCUGCUGACCAGGAGAUGGCCUUGAAGAAAUUGCAGAGAUACACACUGCUGUUCCAGGCUGUGUUGUUUAUAAGGCUAGACAACUGGGCAGCGAGUCAAGAGUGUGAAAUCGACACUCUGGGCCAGAAUCAGAAGCACAAGAGGACUGGGACAGUGACUGUCUGUUUUUACAUUACCUGCUUCUUUUGUGAGAUAGGAAUUCGUUCCCCAGAAUGCAAGAAAAAGAGUGAGCAGGCUUGCUGAAGCUUGUCACCCCAGCACUUGGAGAUGGAGACAGCACGAGAGGAGGCACCUCUCAGAAGCUGAGGAGGAUGGCCCUGCACUCGGGAGCAAAGGCCACCUUGAUCAAUUCUACUGGCAUUAACCCCCCUGCAAAUCAUUGCAAUGUGUUUUCUAUGUUGGAAAUAAAAUGCAUUGUUAAAUGA